AUGCGAGACUUGUCUUUGGCGAACUCGUCGUCGGCAAGUGAUGCGUCAUUGAGAACCGCAGCCUCUGGCCACCGGGUUUUGUCGGUAGACCAGUUCGUUCUUGAAGAAGAGCUGGGCACCGGCUCGUUUGGAACAGUGUAUCGUGCUCGAGACCUCGUUCUGGACCGGACAUGUGCGGUCAAGAAAAUCGAUAUGGACGAGACGUCCGACGACAUUGAAGAAAUCCAGCGUGAGAUUUCAAUUUUGGCUGAGUGCCACGAUCCCCGCAUCACCCGCUAUUUUGGCUCUUUUGUCAACGGUUACAAGCUCUGGAUUAUUAUGGAGUAUUUAGGUGGCGGUUCGUGUCUGGACCUCAUUAAGGUGUCUCGUGGAUUGCCAGAGUCCGUAAUUGCCUGGAUUAUAGCUGAAUUGCUACGAGGCUUGGACUAUCUCCACACAAACGGUAAAAUCCACCGAGACAUCAAAGCAGCAAACAUUUUGGUGUCUGAGGAUGGUGCAGUCAAGAUUGCAGACUUUGGCGUAGCGACUCAACUGUCAAACAACUUAUCCAGACGCAACACGUUUGUAGGCACUCCCUUUUGGAUGGCACCCGAGGUGAUCAACCAGGAGGACUAUACUUACUCGGCAGAUAUUUGGUCACUGGGUAUCACAGCGAUGGAACUCGCUAAUGGAGAACCGCCGUUAUCUCAUUUGCACCCCAUGAAAGUCAUAUUUUACAUCCCUCGGAACCCUCCUCCAAUGCCUAGCAGCGCGUUUUCUCGUGAAUUCCGCGACUUUGUGGGUCAAUGCCUUCGCAAGUCUCCUGCUGAGCGCUCAUCUAUCUCAUCUUUACUGAAACACAGAUUCUUGGCCAAGGCUUCGCGUAGAGACUUGACGAAACUCGUUGACAAACGGCUGGCCAUGAAACUAACCAAAAGCUCUACGCCUAUACCUGCAACAAUGAGCAGCAGCUCAAACUUCUAUUCGAGUGCUGAUGACGACGACGACUGGGAUUUUGAUACCGUUAAACCCGAAAGUGCUCCAACUUCAAGCGGGUCAAGUGGAUCAAGCCUUAAUGCCAGUGCUACUCAGAACAAAGCGAGCGUGCUCUCGCCCAUUCCAUCCCCACAACCAGGACAAAAGGAGCGCAGAAAAACGGAUACUAUCAAAACUAUUCAAGAAACUAUGCGGGACCGUCGUGGACCUUUACUACGAAUAUUUUCUCAUGCCGCCCAGAAGUUCGACGACCAGACCUUAGCCGAGAUCGCGGAUGUGCUCAGUAUAGAGCCAUUGACAAUGGAAUCGGAAACCUAUCUUGUCAAGAAAAUAGGCAGGGUGGCAGUAGACAAGCUCGAUAUCAAACCCAAAGACAAUCAUAAGCGACUUGAUCCAGUUGAAGACAUUCUAUUGACAAAAUGGCUGGCAGAAGCUCAAAAGCGACACAAAUAG